UCCCGUUUUUUUAGCUGUCAUUUUUUGACGUUUCUCUUUAUUGAGUAAAUUAUUAAGUUUAAAGUAGUUUUUUGAGUUAAUAAUCAUGGAAACGCGUUUAGAUCGUGUUAUGGAAGCGAUUAUUUCGGAGCCAAAUACUUUUGGGUGUGUUUUCGCGGAGGGGCAAGGAUUGUGUUUAGGAACGAAAGGAGAAGCUUCUAAUGAAAGUGCUGGGAUUAUAACGGCGAUUGCUGAACAAGCCGCUAAAUUAGAGCCGAGAAAUAAAGAUCCAAUCAUUGUUUUUGAAAAUAAUUCAAAGAAAUGUAUCAUUCAUCGGCAAGGAACGAUCACGGCUGCUUAUUAUAAGAACAUUUAAACAAACAAAAUUUCUUUUUAAUUUUUAUUUAAUCACUUUUAAAGGAUAACCUCCUUUUGUAUUUGUUAAAUCCGAUUGUUGCCAAGUGCUUAUUUUCGUAAACCCAAAUUGAAAUUGUUAUUAAAAAGCAUAUGGCUCCUAUUAAUAUGUGAAUUAAGGUUGAUUUCAUGGUGACAUUUUCUAAAUAAAAGUGCUCUGACCAUUUUGUUACAAAUAAUGAUAAGAUCAACGAAAAAAUAAAGAAUUUUCCUGGAAUUAAACCGUCUAAAGGUUUGUAAUUUGUAUCUUUGUAUUUGUGGGAUAUGUAAUAAACGCUAAAAAAGAAUUGAAUCAUUAAA